AUGUCUUCCUCGACAGAUCCCAACGCGAAAUCACCACCGCGAAUCUCCGCGAAAUCAACUGCGGACCCUAUCCUCCGCAAUGCGCUGCGAUAUACCAUCUCUGCAAAGGAGUACGAGACGCUGCAUCGGUAUAUCUUGUCGCGCUCGAAAGUGCUGAAGAGGAACACGCCGUCUGUAUCGAGAGUUGAGAAAUUGGUUGAGAGGCCGGGGAGAGAUGAUUAUAAUGCUGCUGCUGUGAGGGCUAGUGUGAGGGUGUUUGUCGCAACGAGUGCGGCUUUGAAGGUUUGGGAGUUGAUCAGUGAGAGAUUUCUUGGGAGGGGAAACGUGAGGACCAAGAAAGUCCCUCUUUGGCGGAAUGCGAAUUUCAGACUUUCGCUAUCAUUAUCCACCAUCCUUCUCCUCCACCGCAUCCUCUUCCGCUUCUUCACGCGUCUACGCGCUCACCUUCUCACGCCAGAAGCACGACCUUUCAGACAGCGCAAUAAACGGACUUCCAAGACGCUCACUUCAUCCCUGGCACCAGCUAUUGGAGCCAGUCUGGCAGGUUUCGCAUUGGCUAUCAACCCCGCUGAUCAAUUGAGAGUUACGAUUUCGAUAUACGCGUUAAGUAGAGCUGCGGAGUUCGCGUAUAACCUUGCAGAGGAAGAGGGCUGGCUUUGGUCGAAAGGAGAGAAACCUUGGUGGUGGGGAAGUUGGCUACUUUUCCCGUUUACGAGUGGACAGUUGCUGCAUGCUUUUGUGUUUGAUAGGGAUUGUUUUCCUAAGGCAUAUGGAGAUUUCAUACUGAAAUACUCGCCUACUUAUGUCCAGUCUCGGCCGGAAGACUACCCAACCCACCUCCCUUGGCCAGGUGCUUACGAACAAGUUGAUUCGCUAGCAGAGAUGGCUCGUCUGAAAUACCCAAAAUUCGUCUCCCCCAUCCUCUUCCCCAACACCACCACCCUCCCACCAACCCUCCAAAAAAUCUCCCCCAUAACCUCCCCCGCCCACCCCCUCCUCACAUCCCUAACCUGCGCCGUCCUGCACCCUUCCGACCCCUCCUGCACACGCACCUACCUCUCCCACUACCUGACCACCAUCCCGCCUCUAACCCGCUUCUUCACCCUCAUCUUCACCAUCCUCUCUCUCCCCUCAUACUCCAAAUUCUACGCCUCGCCCCUCAGCACCCUCAACUCCCUCGCCGCCAAAAUCCUCCGCUACACGCUCUUCACGUCCGGCUCUAUCGGCACCUCCUGGGCGGCGAUAUGUCUUUUCCAGUCGUACUUACCGGCUAAGCUGCUUGCUACGCAGAGAUUCUUCCUUGGUGGGUUUCUGGGCGGGAUGUGGGGGUUUGCGGUGAGGAGGGAGGCGAGGGGGGAGUUCCUCUAUGCGGUGAGGGCGAGUUUGGAUAGUUUGUGGAAGGUGGGAAGGAAGAGGGGGUGGUGGAGGGGUGUGAGGGGUGGGGAUGUUUGGAUCUUUGUGGUUGGGUUGAUGGUUGUUAAUGUGGUUUUUGAGAGGGAGGGGAGGGCGGUUAGUGAGGGGGUUGUGAGGAGGGGCGUGGGGUUUCUUAGGGGGGAGGGCGUGAGGGAUAGGGUUGGGGAGGAGGAGAAGGAGAGGGAGAGGAGGAGGGAGGAGGAGAGGAGGGGGGAGGAGAGUAAGGGAAAGGGGAGAGCUUGAGGUUGAAGUUGGGUUGGGUUGGGUUGAUCGCAUCGGAGGAGACGAGCCUGUUUCUAGGUCCAACGACUAGCAAGAAGCUCGAAAGUGCGAUCGAGAAGCUGCAUCAGCCCUGAGAUCACCGCACCACCUUAUCCUCAGAGUCUCAGGACUUGGACAUCACGCCUAGCUGACAAGAAGACCUCCCAUGCACCUCAUCCAGGCGAGCUGGGCAUUAGCGUAUCACGUCGCGUCACGAAGGGUUGGUAUUAAUUUGAUUUGAUUUGCUUUGAGCAUGAGCAUGAGCAUGAGCAUUCACCGCAUUGAUGAUUAUAUGUUUUCACGGCUUUACUUAUGUCUUAUGUCUUAUGUCUUAUUACGAGAGACGGACGGACGCGUGAUUGCGAAUGUAG